GAAGAACAGCGAGUCUCGUAAUGGAGGAUAUUUGCAGUGUGAGCGGUCUCGAUCCUUUGUGGGAUUGGAACCUGACCUGGUACACCUCCAAACCAGAUCUGACGGAGUGUUUCCAGCACACUGUACUAGUGUGGUCCCCUUGUGUUUACCUGUGGAUUUCCUCCCCGUUUUACCUGUUAUACCUGUGGCUCCGCCCAAACAGAGGUGUCCUCCCUCUGUCCAACCUCUGCUGCAGCAAGACGCUCCUGGGUCUCAGUCUGGCCUCCUUUGGUCUUGUGGAGAUGUUUUUUCUCCUGGUGACAAAGAAUGAGGAGAUUCAGAAACACUCGUUUAUCAUGAUUGGUCCGCUGAUCAGGAGCCUCACUCUGGUCCUUGCUGUGGUCAUCCUCCAUGUAGAGAGGAUGAAGGGCUGUCGUUCCUCAUUCCUCCUCUUCCUGUUCUGGACUCUCCUGGUCCUCUGCUCCCUGGUUCCUCUGAAGGUCUACAUCGAGCAAAUUAUCGAUCGGGGCUUCUCUUCAGAUUUUUCUCGUCUCCUUGUCUUCUUCAUUUGUUUUUCCCUUCAACUAAUCCAACUCGUCCUCAGCUGCUUCUGUGACCUCCAACCUCUGUGUGCGAAGCAGAGCUACGUGCAGAACCGAUGUCCAGAGGAAGACGCCUCUUUUCUCUCCAACUUCUUCUUCUUCUGGUUCAGCGGUUUGGUGGUUCAGGGUUACCGGCGCCCCCUGCAGGCUGCAGACCUCUGGCCUCUGCGGGACCAGGACUCAUCGAUCCAGAUCAUGGCGGACUUGGAGAGCUUCUGGGCCCAGAACUGCCAACAUCUUCAGGAGGAGCCGGAUAGUGUUGAGCUGCUUCAGAACUGGACCAGUUCCGGGACUGGGUCCAGGGCCUGGGAUUUUGAUGCAGUGACUGAAAAAACCCAGCUGCUGAAGAGUAAGAAGAAGAAGAAGAAGGUGGAGGAGCUUGGUUACGGGAUCUUCCUCCUCCUCACUGUGGGGUGGAGCUUCGGGCCGUACUUCUUGUGUGGAACUCUCUGGCUCCUUCUGCAUGAAGUGUUCAUGUUUGCUGUGCCACAGGUGCUCAGUCUGCUGCUGGCCUUCAUGAGCGAUGAAGACGCUGCCAUGUGGAAAGGCUUCCUGUUCUGCUCACUGCUCUUCCUGCUCUCCUGCCUGCAGUCGCUGCUCCACCAUCAGUAUAUGUUCCACUGCUUCAGCGUAGGGAUGAGGCUGAAGACCGCCCUCAUAGGGCUCGUCUACAGGAAGUGCCUGCUGCUGAGCAGCGCUGCUCGCCGUCGCUGUGAUUUGGGAGAGAUCACUAACCUGGUCUCAGCCGACACUCAGAAGCUGAUGGACUUUGUGGUUUACUUUAACAGCCUCUGGGUCACGCCCUUCGAGAUCACGCUAUGCUUCUACUUCCUGUGGCAGCUCCUCGGCCCUUCUGCUCUCGCUGGUCUCAUCACCGUGGUUCUGAUUUUUCCUCUGAAUGGAUUGAUCGCUAAAAUGAGAAGCAAACUUCAGGAGGUUCAGAUGAAGUUCACGGACAGUCGUCUCAAGCUGAUGAACGAGAUUCUGAGCGGCGUGAAGAUCCUCAAGUUUUACGCCUGGGAGGCGGCUUUUCUUCGCCGGGUCGGUGUCCUGAGAGACGGAGAACUGGAGACCCUGAAAACGUCUCAGGUCCUCCACUCCAUCUCUCUGGCCUCCUUCAACUCCUCCUCCUUCUUGAUCGCCCUGUCGGUGUUCACGGCCUACGUGGCGAUCGACGACAGAAACCAUCUGGACGCUCAAAAGAUCUUCGUGUCCGUCGCUCUGAUCAACAUCCUGAAGACUCCUUUGAGCCAGCUUCCCUUCGCCAUGAGCGCCACCAUGCAGGCUGUCGUCUCGCUCAGACGUUUGGGCAACUUCCUGAAUCAAGACGAGCUGAAGCCCGACAGCGUGGAGCGACUUCCUCGGAGCUCCGACGAAGACGCCGUGCGGAUCGUAGACGGCUCGUUCUCCUGGACCUGCGACGGGCCGCCGUGUCUGCAGGGGAUCAGCGUGAAGGUGAAGCCAGGCUCUCUGGUGGCCGUGGUCGGCCAUGUUGGUUCCGGGAAGUCUUCCCUACUGUCGGCCAUGUUGGGGGAGAUGGAAAGGAGGAGUGGCUUGAUCUCCGUCAAGGGCUCGGUGGCCUACGUCCCGCAGCAGGCUUGGAUCCAGAACGCCUCUCUGAAGGACAACAUCCUGUUUGGACGGGAGAAGAAAGAAAGCUGGUACCACAGAGUGCUGGAGGCCUGCGCUCUGCUGCCCGACCUGGAGAUGCUGCCUGCAGGGGACGCCACCGAGAUCGGAGAGAAGGGUCUGAACCUCUCCGGGGGUCAGAGGCAUCGGGUCAGUCUGGCUCGGUCUGUUUACAGGAGAUCAGAUGUUUACCUGCUGGACGACCCGCUGUCAGCCGUCGACGCCCACGUGGGACAACACAUCUUUGAUAGAGUCAUUGGACCCAGAGGUCUCCUCAAAGACAAGACUCGCGUGUUGGUGACUCACGGCCUCGGCUUCCUUUCCAAAGCCGACCUCAUCCUGGUCAUGUUGGAGGGCCACAUCUCAGAGAUGGGCUCCUACAAGGACCUGAUGGACAGGAAAGGAAACUUUGCCAAAUUCAUCCACGCCUUCAUCGGGAAGCGGCGCAGGAGAAGCUCCGCCUCCAGAGACAAGAGGGAGACGUGUGUGAGCGCAGGCAGCAGGAAGUCGGUGCCUCGUCUCACCGAGUUCUCUAUCGAUCUUUCACAGAAGCAGCUGAUCAGUUGUGAUUUGAGCAGUGCCACAGUUCAUCUGAUGGAGGUUAUUGAUCAGAAACUGGAUGCUGGGAAACUGUCUGAGGCGGACAAGGCUCACACCGGACGGGUGAAGCUGCAGAUGUACCGGGAGUACUUCCGGACCGUGGGCCCGACCCUCAUUGCCACCAUCAUCUUCCUCUGUGCCUUCCAGCAGGCCGCCUCGCUGGCCUACAGCUACUGGCUGAGCCUGUGGGCCGACGAGGCGCCGCUCAACAGCACGCGGAGCAGCCACCAGCUGAGGCUGGGCGUGUUCGCCGCCCUGGGCCUCACGCAGGGCGCGGCCAUGUUUGGGACCACACUCGCCAUCGCCUUGGGUGGCAUCGUGGCGUCCCGCCACCUCCACGGCGACCUCCUCCUUGGCGUGCUGCGCUCACCCGUCUCCUUCUUUGAGGCGACGCCCAGUGGGAACCUCCUGAACUGCUUCUCCAAGGAGGUGGACGCCAUCGACUGCAUGAUCCCUGAGGGGCUGAAGAUGAUGCUGGGAUACCUGUUCAAGCUGCUGGAGGUCUGCGUCAUCCUGUUGCUGGCCACGCCCCUCACCGGGCUGGUGCUCCUCCCCCUCACCUGCGUCUACGUUUUCAUUCAGAGCUUCUACGUGGCGUCCUCAUGUCAGCUGCGGCGUCUGGAGGCCGUGAGCCGCGAGCCGGUCUACAGCCACCUCAACGAGACGGUGCAGGGCGCCGCCGUGGUGCGGGCCUUCGGCGAGCAGAGCCGCUUUGCGAUGGAGAACGACCGCCACGUUGACCGCAACCAAGAGGCCUACUUUCCUCGCUUUGUCGCCACCAGGUGGCUGGCGGUGAAUCUUGAGUUUCUGGGGAACCUUCUGGUUCUGGCUGCUGCCAUCCUGGCGGUUAGGGGCCGAGAUCAUCUGAGCCCCGGCAUCGUGGGACUAGCAGUGACCCACUCGCUCCAGGUUACUGGGAUCCUCAGCUGGAUCGUUCGAUCCUGGACCGACGUGGAGAACAACAUUGUGUCUGUGGAGCGAGUCAAAGAGUACGACAGCACCGAAAAAGAGGAAGCCCAGGCCCUGGAGGACAACAAGUUGCCGGCAGAUUGGCCGGCGACCGGAACUCUCCAGUUUGAGGACUACGGACUACGGUACCGUAAAGAUUUGGACUGGGCUUUAAACAACAUCUGCGUCAACAUCCAGGACAGAGAAAAGGUGGGCAUCGUAGGGAGGACGGGGGCUGGGAAGUCCUCUUUGGCUUUGGGAAUCUUCAGGAUUCUGGAAGCGGCGAAAGGACGAAUCCUCAUCGAUGGAAUCAACAUCGCUGAGAUCGGCCUCCACGACCUCCGAUCCAGGAUCACCAUCAUCCCUCAGGACCCCGUGCUAUUUUCAGGUUCCCUGAGGAUGAACCUUGACCCCUUUGAUGUGUGUUCGGACGACGAUUUAUGGAAAGCUCUGGAACUGGCUCACCUGAGCAGUUUUGUUUCCAUGCUGCCUCAAAAACUGAACCAUCAGUGCUGUGAAGGAGGAGAGGACCUCAGCCUCGGUCAGAGGCAGCUGCUCUGCUUAGCCAGAGCUCUGCUGAGGAAGACCCGGAUCCUGGUUCUGGAUGAAGCCACAGCGGCGGUGGACCUGAAGACAGACCAGCUGAUCCAGUCCACCAUCAGAACCCAGUUUGACGACUGUACGGUUCUGACCAUCGCUCACCGCCUCAACACCAUCAUGGACUACAACAGGGUCAUUGUGAUGGACCGAGGCUACAUUGCAGAGAUCGAUUCUCCGUCUGAGUUGAUCCGUCUUCAGGGUUUCUUCUAUCAAAUGUGCGCCGAAGCCGGUUUGGUCUGAAAAGUGCCCAUGUGUUUGAUCUUCGAUCUUCAUAUCCAUCAUCUUCAUCUCCCUUUGAAUUAUCUUCAUCACCUGUAUCAUCUUCAUCUCCUUCAUCCCGGCAGACAUCACCGACGAACCACUAUAGUGAAAUUCGAUGUGCGUUUGAUUUGUUCACCCGGAAUCCUACAUGACCAGAUCAUAGCAUGUUUUAAAUUGUAUUUCAUAUAGACAUCACAGCGGCAUAAAAUAAUGUAAAAUAACCAGGUGCACUGUGUUUGGUGUUCAUAGCGAAACUCUAUUUUACAACAUCUGUCCACAGGAGCGUUUUUUUUCAUUUUUUGGGGGGAGUUUUUCCUGUGCCGAUGUGAGGGUUUCGGGACAGAGGAUGUUGCAUGUGUACAGACUGUAAAGCCCUCUGAGGCAAAUGUGUAAUUUGCGAUUUUGGGCUAUACUAAAUAAAAUGAAUUAAACUGAAUUGGGGAGCGUUUUUAAAUUUACAAACAUAAAAAUUAACAGAAC